ACUUGAAGGUUUUCGUCACCAAGACUUACGGAGUUACGGAGGUGAGGGAAAGGAAAGAACGGCCCGCCCCCUCCGUAGACGCUCCCUCCUCCUCGGAGGGUGUUCCAUUUCCCCGCUGACCUACUGAUACAGUCCACAGUAGGGGCGGUGGAGCUUGCAGUUCGCGCGCAGGCCCCUAGGCGGCGCUGUGCACCAGUGAGGCGCCCAUGGAUGCCGUACGUGCGCUUUCCCUUUCCCGUGAUCUUAUCCCGAGCCAAAGGCAGCGGCUGCCUUCGCGAAGGACGGGCUCUCGCUGGCUCAGCACAAGAGAACCGAGCGGGCAAGCCAUGAUUUCGGCCGGCGCUGGGCAGAAGAGCGAAUGCUCUCCCCCUGGUUUGAGCAAGCGGGCUUCUUAGAGCGGCUGUUCCGGUCCGCUCCGGUAUUGUUCGCCUCGGCAAUUUGCUGAAAGCCAGGGAUUAUGGUACCAUUGACUCGGUCUGCAGGGAGCUGAGGAGGAAGGCAGGGAAAGAAGAAUGCGGGUCUAUUUAAUGGUGUGCUGCCUUAUUUUCUACGCCGUGAAUGGACAAGUAGAGUACUCCGUCCCUGAAGAAACGGAGCGUGGCGCGCCUGUCGGGAACCUAGCGAAGGAUUUGGGAAUCGUUGCAGCGACGCUCCCCUCCCGCAAAUUCCGCAUGAUCACCAGCUCAAGUAAGCCAUAUUUUAGCCUUGAUGCAAGCACCGGAGCUUUGUCUGUUAACGAGCCCAUCGACCGGGAGGAGAUCUGCGCACUAAAACCUACCUGCUCUCUAAAUUACGAACUGGUGCUAGAAAACCCCUUAGAGCUUUAUAAAAUGCAGUUUAAAAUACUGGACGUGAACGACAAUGCCCCCGUCUUCCCGCUAAACGAAUACCAUUUAAACGUGGCCGAGUUCCUGGCUCCGGGAGCUCGGUUUACGCUCCCCAAUGCCCAGGAUCCCGACGAAGGCAUCAACGGCGUGCAGAGCUACACGCUGAGCCCCAACGAACAUUUCCGACUGGAAAUGCAAACGCGUGGGGAUGGCAGCAGAUACCCCGAACUGGUGCUUGAAAAGCUCUUGGACCGGGAGCAGCAAGCCACGCUCAGACUUGCUAUCACAGCCAAAGAUGGAGGGACUCCCCAGAGGUCCGGAGAUGCCCAGGUUGUGGUCACCGUCCUUGACACUAACGACAAUGCCCCUGCCUUCGAGCAUUCCGUCUAUAGGGCCAGCGUUUUGGAAAACUCCCCCAAUGGCACUCUGGUCACUCAAGUGCAUGCCACGGACUUAGAUGAAGGUCAAAAUGGAGAGGUCCUGUAUGCGUUCAGCAACAGCACUCCUGCUGAGCUCCAGAAGAUGUUCCAUAUCAACCCCCAGACUGGGGAGAUCAGAGUCAGUGGGAUUUUAGGCAUCCGGAAGCCCCUUCUGGAGAUGUUCAUUGAGGCAAGGGAUAAGGGAGUCUUCAGGAUGUCCAGUGUAGCCAAGCUGCUGGUGGAAAUAGCCGAUGUGAACAACAAUGCUCCGGAGAUCACCGUCACCUCUCUUUCCAGCCCCAUCCCAGAGGAUUCCUCGCUGGGCACAGUGAUAGCGCUCUUGAGUAUUACUGAUGAAGAUCCUGGAGAGAAUGGGAAAGUCAUUUGCCAGAUCCCCACCAACAUCCCCUUCCAACUCAAGUCCUCUUUCGAUAGCUACUACAGUUUGGUCACCAGCGGCCUUCUAGAUCGGGAACGGGUCAGCGAAUACAACAUCACCGUCACUGCCUCUGAUCUGGGCUCCCCUCCCAUUGCCACUCAGAAGACUCUGCAGGUCCACAUUGCAGAUGUGAAUGACAAUCCCCCCAAAUUCCUUAACCAGAUGCGUGAAGUUUCUGUAAUGGAGAACAACAAGCCCGGGGUGUCUCUUUUCCGCGUGUCAGCCUCUGAUCCAGACCUGGGGGAGAACAGCCGGGUCUCCUACCUACUCAGGGACAUUGAUAUCCAAGGCAGCUCCUUGUUCAGUUAUUUGGCCAUUGAUGCAGACAGUGGAAUUGUCUAUGCAAAGGGCACUUUUGACUUUGAGCAACUCCAGAGCUUUCAUUUUCAAGUGGAGGCGAAGGACAAUGGCUCUCCAGCCCUGGCUGCAGCCUUUAUAGUCAGCAUUACCAUCCUAGACCAGAAUGACAAUGCCCCAAUCAUCUUGCACCCGGUGGUGAGGAAUGGCUCAGUGGCAGUGGAAAUUGUGCCCCGCUUGGCAGAUGCGGACUACCUGGUGGCCAAGGUGGUGGCUCACGACCCGGACAGUGGGCAGAAUGCCUGGCUUUCUUACCACCUCCUGCAGUCUUCCGACAACAGUUUGUUUAGAGUUUCACCCAAUGCUGGAGAGCUCAGGACUAGUCGCUCCAUGAGGUCUAGUGACCCCAUCAAGCACAAAGUUGUGGUCUUGGUAAAGGACAAUGGGGAGCCCCCUCUCUCCUCCUCCGUGACUCUGGGCAUCCUGCUGGCUGACUCCCUCCCACAAGCCCUCCCAGACUUUGAUGACAGCUUGGAAGCCCGUGGGCAUCAGCUGUCCAGUUUGAACUUCUACUUGAUUAUUGGUCUAGCUUGCCUUUCCUUUGUCUUCCUUGGGUUUCUAAUCUUCCUUCUUGCCAUUCGGCUUUUCCACUGUAGGACUAGCCCCUCCUGCAGUUGCUGCUGCUGCCCCACAGAUGAGUAUGAGAAGUACCGCUACAAUGUGCGUAUGCUCCCAAGCUCUCAUUUUGCACCAGAGAUGGUCGAGGUUGCAGGGAUGGGGAAACUUACACACACCUAUUUGUAUAGGGCAUCCUUGGGCGUUGGGCCUAGCAAUAACAACCUGAUGACCAAUGGAGAUGCUGGAAACCUUUCCAAGGGGGCAGGAUUAUUACAAGUGCCAGCAUCUUGCAUUCAAGUGCAGAAGGUGAAGAGUGACCACUUUAAUGCCAUUUUGGUGCCAAAACCACCCAAUCCUGACUGGCGUUAUUCUGCAUCUUUAAGAGCUGGAAUGCAAGGUGCUGUGCACAUGGAGGAGGCAGGCGGCUUACGUGGAGGACCUGGAGGACCGGAACAGCAGUGGCCAACAGUAUCCAGUGCAACAACAGAACCAGAGGCUGGUGAGGUAUCCCCUCCUGUAGGAGCUGGCGUGAACAGCAACAGCUGGACCUUUAAAUAUGGACCUGGCAACUCCAAGCAGCCUGGUCCUGGUGAGUUGCCAGACAAAUUCAUUAUCCCAGGAUCUCCUGCAAUCAUCUCCAUCCGUCAAGAUCCACCAAACAGCCAAACUGACAAAAGUGACUUCAUAACCUUUGGCAAGAAGGAGGAGACCAAGAAGAAGAAGAAGAAGAAGAAGGGAAACAAGGCUCAGGAGAAAAAAGAAAAGGGCAACAGCACCACUGACAACAGUGACCAGUGAGGAGUUUAUAUACAGAACAAUCUACUUAGCCAAUUUUUGUAAUCUUGGAAUAUCUCUCCUAUGUAGCAACUCCCAACUUCUUCCUACUGUUACCCAAUUUCCUAUAUGUGCAAGACUUCAGAAAUCCGCAGGGAAUUCACAAUAUCUGUCUAGAUGCUUAACAGUUUUGUCUUGAAAGCUUUAUUAAGCCUGGUGUUAACUCUUUUUCUCCACUCUGGCUUGUUUUCAGAAUCUAAAAAGCAGACACAAGUUUCUUUUCUCCUACGCUGAAAAGGAGACUCUUCACAAUACAGCCAGUGCGAGGUUGGACUCUUUGCAUUGUG